AAAAGACUCCGGGUGGGGAACAGAGCUCACAGCAGCGCCUCGGGGCUCUCCAGGGAAUCCUCCUGCUCCGGCGCUCCAUGGGGAAGAGGGUGGCUGUGGUGCUGGCUGGCUGUGGGGUCUACGAUGGGAGCGAGAUCCACGAGGCUUCGGCUGUGCUGGUGCAUCUCAGCAGGGAGGGGGCACAGGCAGAGGUUUUUGCUCCCAACAUCUCCCAGAUGCACGUGGUGGACCACGUGAAGGGGCAGCCGAUGCCGGAGCAGCGCAACGUGCUGGUGGAAAGUGCCAGGAUAGCCAGAGGGAACAUCAAGGAUCUGGCUCAGCUGGAUGUCAAGGGGCUGGAUGCCCUGAUCAUUCCAGGUGGCUUUGGAGUGGCCAAAAACCUGAGCACUUGGGCCACCCAAGGCAAGAACUGCAGCGUCUGCAGGGAGGUGGAGGACGUGCUCAGGGCCUUCCACGCUGCCCAGAAGCCCAUCGGGCUCUGCUGCAUCUCCCCAGUGCUGGCGGCCAAACUCUUCCCUGGCUGUGAGGUGACAGUGGGACACGACACUGAGUGUGAGAAGUGGCCCUACGCCAAGACUGCCGAGUCCCUGCGGGAGCUGGGCUGCAAACACGUCAACAGCCACGUCACCGAGAUCCACGUGGACCCCCGCAACAGGCUGGUGACCACCAGUGCCUUCAUGUGCAACGCCCCCAUCCACGAGAUCCACGACGGCAUCGGCAGCAUGGUCAGGGAAGUGGUCAGGCUUGCCUGAAGGUUACAAAGUCCAGCUCCUUCCCCUCUCAUGCCCACGUGUCAGCAGGAAAAGUGCCACCCAGCUGGAGCUGUGUCCCCUCCCCGCCCUUCCCAGAGCGCCCGGUGGCUGCUGAGGAGGGACAGGCUGGAGUUGUGGGUGUUCUGCCAUGGCAAUCCAGCAGGAAUGGGGGUGUGGGCACACACUGAGCUGGCGCAGAGGCAGAGAAUGGGUUGGGUUGGGAGGGACCUCAAAGCUCACCUUAUCCAUGGGCAGGGACACCUUCCACGAGCCCAGGCUGCUCCAA